GGGAUCCAUGGCGUAUGGCACGAGUAAAAGAAAUUGCAGAUGGUGGACUCCUGGCAUCCUCUUGUAGCCGUGACGCAGACUUAUGGUUGACCACAUGCUUCUUGUUGUACAUGAACUGCGUGGAAGUAUAUUCUCCAGAACGUGUACAGAGGCAGUUCGGGUACCGACAGGUGGUGCCUGUUCCAGCACCACGAGACGCCGGACGGGCGCAUGAGUGGAGCUCAAAGGGGGGCGGAGGCACGCAGGACUGGGCAUCCAAGAAUGCCGAGUACAUACGGAGGUGGACAGAAUCAGCUGCGGUGGAUGUCAUCAUUACUGCUGGACAAUACGACGAGGCCACGUACUGGGACUACCUUGCUUGGUACCGUCCGCGCACGCGUGCCACCUUACUCAGCGGACCUGUACAGCCGGGCCCCAGACCCUUCCCCGAGGAUCGUGCCCGCCUACUUCAUAGGCGUAUGAGAUGCAUACGCAAGCGGAUCAACCUUUUGGGGAACCAAGCAGGUCAUCAUCGCAGAGGGAUCGUAACCCUCUCCGGGAGUACAUGA